AUGACCCUCAAGCCGCUUCUUCUCUCGGCCCUGGCCACCCUCGGGUCGGCCUCGCCCUUGCUCUAUCCCCGGGGCACCAACGAGACCUACGUCUUCACCAAUGCCAACGGCCUCAAUUUCACUCAGAUGAACACUACUCUACCCAAUGUGACCAUCUUCGCUACAGGAGGCACCAUCGCCGGGUCUGACUCCAGCUCCACCGCCACGACCGGCUACACCUCUGGUGCCGUCGGCGUCUUGGCCCUCAUCGACGCCGUCCCCUCCAUGCUCGACGUCGCCAACGUUGCCGGCGUGCAGGUCGCCAAUGUCGGCAGCGAAGACGUCACCUCCGACAUCCUCAUCUCCAUGUCCAAAGAGAUCAACCGGGUCGUGUGCGACGACCCCACCAUGGCCGGAGCAGUCAUCACCCACGGAACCGACACUCUCGAAGAAACGGCCUUCUUCAUGGACGCCACCAUCAACUGUGGCAAGCCCGUGGUCAUCGUCGGUGCUAUGCGUCCAUCCACCGCCAUCUCCGCCGACGGACCCUUCAACCUCCUCGAGGGUGUCAUGGUAGCUGCCUCCCCCAAGUCCCGCGAGCGCGGCGCCAUGGUAGUCAUGAACGACCGCAUCGCCUCAGCCUAUUACGUCACCAAGACCAACGCCAACGCCAUGGACACCUUCAAGGCCAUGGAAAUGGGUUACCUGGGCGAGAUGAUCUCCGACACUCCAUUCUUCUUCUAUCCUCCUGUCAAACCCACCGGUAAGGUGGCUUUUAAUAUCACCAAUGUGACUGAGAUUCCUCGGGUGGAUAUUCUUUUCUCGUACGAGGAUAUGCAUAAUGAUACCUUGUAUAACGCUAUUGAGAGCGGUGCUGAGGGCAUUGUGGUCGCCGGAGCCGGAGCCGGAGGAGUCACCACUUCAUUCAACGACGCCAUCGAGGAUGUCCUCAACCGUCUGGAAAUUCCCGUCGUGCAAAGUAUGCGCACUGUCAACGGCGAGGUGCCUUUGUCGGAUAUUAGCAGCGAGACCGCUACCCAUAUUGCCAGUGGGUACCUGAACCCGCAAAAGUCUCGCAUCCUGUUGGGACUGUUGCUGGCAGAGGGUAAGAACAUCACUGAGAUUGCCAAUGUGUUUGCCCUGGGCACUGAUGCAUAG